GAGCGUGCAGGAUGCCCCAGGGGAGCAUUCAUUGGCAAGGGACUGAAAGGAGACCCUGCGGUCCCGGAGCACAGUGGAAUGUUCAGGUUGUACGAGGCUACUACGCAGAUCAGUUAUCCGUGGCACAAGAGAUUAGAGGUAACAUGACGAUCAGAGUGAAGAAUGAAUCGAGGGGGUUUCAUCUCAAUAAUCUCAGCUACGCUGGACCUAUUGUCAUGGGAGUUGGAGGUUUCAUAGUAGUGGCAGCCUGUGUAAUGACAUUUGAGGCUCGUGAUAGCGCAGCAAAAGUCGUACCAGCGCGUUACCGUUUCAAUCAAAAUUCAUCAUCAUCAAUAAAAUAUUCACGGAACCAGCGGCCCCGUCGGUCAACGUCAUGCCAAACGACGCGGUGGGACCAUCACAUGGGUCUAUUUCGGGAAAAACGUAGCCCAAGUCCAAGUGUUCACGAUAUAGCACGGAAACAAUUGACUGCGGAGUUUCUUCGAUUCUCGAAAAAUCUCCAUGACAAGGACAAGCCGAGUCAUCCACUGAAAAAAAGCCCAAGUGCGCCGUCUUUGGUGAUGAAGAAGUCCCCUUCUAAAAGGAAAGCCUCUAAGUUUUCUGGUUGUGCGCUUUUAAAUCCAGAAUUACUUCAAAGACACGCUUUGUCAGUCGACAAUCCACACUACAGUCCUCCACGAGUCAGUCGAGAAAGCCUUGAGCACAAUAAAAUGAAUGGCAGUCAAGUUUCAAUGGCUAUGGAUCUUUAUAUUCCUAACAAAGGACCUGUUACGCUUAAAGUUAAAGACAGAUCGGAUACCGCGAGACGACAUCAGCUGUUACGACAGACUAAAAUUGAGGACCUUGAUGAGGAAGAAGCUAGACGAAUUCUCGCCAGAAGAAAACAACAUUCUGACUCAAUAGCUUACCCGCUGGGUGCAUGCACGAAACUUCCCGUGGACUUGGUUAUGGCACGUAAAAGAGCAUCCAUUGACGUGCGAUUAACCGAUGAGGAUGGGACCACUGGAUUACUCACCCGUGGAAACACUUCGCCCCGGGACUUUCGAAAGUCACCCUCCUCUAAUUUUCGCAACAUGUCCUUUGAUAGGAUAAGUGCCUCCGAGCGGCGACCAGAUCGGUCGGGACGAAAAUCCAGUCUUGAUUUCCGGAAGAGUCCCGACUUUCGGAGAUUUGAUAUUAGACGAUUUAUAGAUGAACUUGAUCAACGAUCGGAAUUAAGUACAACAGAGAGUAUUCACCAGCGACAAAAAUUGUAUCAUUCGAGGUCUGACGACAACAGACGCACUUCAUUCGAUCGAAAUCGUCGCGAUUCCCAAGUAAGCCGACAUUCAUUGAAUGUACCUGUUGUCGUCGAAGGAUGUAGUCCUGAAUACGAGCUCAAGUAUCAUGAUACAAGUUCAGUGGAGAAAGAUAAAAUACGUUCAACUUUUUCCGACGACAGUCGCAGUACAGACACUAAAGAAAAUCAAGUAAGUGUCACCGUUUCUAUCGAGGAGUAUCCUGUUGACGUUGAUAUGCCAUUUACCCUUGUCGAGGAACCAGAGUUAGAAAAUAAUGCAACCAACAAUGAUAACGAUAAUAAUAAUAAACCGUCGAGUAUUAUCAAUGAAAACGAUGAUUCCAUCAAAUUCAUUGACAGAAGUUGUGAGGAUGACAAUGAAAUUGUUCUUGACGUCGAAGAG